UCCACCAACAUACUCACCCAUUCAUUCCCACCAUCAACACUACUUUUCCCCAUUAAUCCAACCAAACCCAAAAAACUCAUCUCUCUCUCUCUCUCUCUCUCUCCCUCCCUCCCUCUCUCUCUCUCUCUCUCCAAAUCCUGACCUCCACCAACCCCAAAACCGUGGUGGUUUUGUCCAAACCGGCAAUGAAACAGUUAUCGCCCAUCAAACCCGCCACAUUUUCCUCUGGUAUUCCCCUAAUUGACCUGUCAAAACCAGACUCAAAGAACCACCUCGUUAAGGCCUGUGAAGAGUUCGGUUUCUUCAAGGUGAUUAAUCAUGGUGUUCCCACUGAAUUCAUCUCUAGUUUAGAAUCAGAAGCUGUGAAAUUCUUUUCAAUGCCGCUGUCGGAGAAAGAAAAGGCAGGCCCCCCCGAGCCGUUCGGGUACGGAAACAAGUGCAUUGGACCCAACGGCGACGUGGGGUGGGUCGAGUAUCUGCUCUUGAGAGCCAACCCGGGAUUCGACGAGCAGAGGCUUGCGUCGAUCUUCGGGCGAAACACGGAAUUCACUCGUUGUGCCGUGGAUGACUACGUGUCGGCAGUGAAGAGAAUGGCAUGCGAAGUUCUUGGGCUACUGGCAGACGGGUUGAAGAUUCAACAAAGGGAUGUGUUCAGCAAGCUGCUGAUGGACGAACAGAGUGACUCUAUUUUCAGGGUCAAUCACUACCCUCCACGUCCUGAACUCCAAGGUGAUACGAAUGGGAGGAACUGGAUUGGGUUUGGAGAACACACUGACCCACAGAUUAUCUCUGUUUUGAGAUCCAACAAUACCUCUGGCCUUCAAAUCUCGUUGAGAGAUGGGAGCUGGAUUUCUGUCCCUCCUGACCAGAAUUCCUUCUUCAUCAAUGUUGGUGAUUCUUUGCAGGUAAUGACCAAUGGGAGGUUCAAGAGUGUGAGGCACAGAGUGAUGGCUAACUGUUUGAAAUCUAGGGUUUCAAUGAUCUAUUUCGGUGGGCCACCAUUGAGUGAAAAGAUAGCUCCAUUGGCUUCACUGAUGGAGGGAGAAGAAGACAGCUUGUACAAAGAGUUUACAUGGUUUGAGUACAAAAAAUCUGCAUACAAGUCAAGGCUAGCUGAUAAUAGGCUGGGCCUGUUUGAGAAAAUUGUGGCCUGAUCAUGAUUGUUAGGGGAAAUUGAUAAAUCAAGUCCCAAAAAUAGGGGGUUUGGUUAAUUGAUCAAAUUUAUGCCCUUUGUUUUCCUCCACUUUUCCCUCUCUUUUUGGUUUUUACUUCUUUGUUUGAUUACUUUUACCUCUCUUGGUUUUCUCAUAGCACCCCUUGUAAGUUAUAACAGCUCCCCUUCUUUGUUAAUAAACACAAGUUCACUUUCACCAUCA